AUGCAAAUUAUAGAUGGUUUUUUUAGAUCUGGAUCUAUAGAUGCUUAAAUAGAAGUAAUAAUAGAGUUUGUAAGGACGAUUAUAAAAAAAAUUGAAUAACAAUUAUUGAAUGAAUAAUUCAAAAUGAAAUUUGAGAUAACUAUUUAGAACACUUCUACAAGAAUUUAUUAAGCAGAAGGGUAUUUUAGAUCAGAGAUAAUUUGUAGAGAAAGUUGAUUGU